AUGGAGAGAUUCCUACCAGCAAGUCUUAAUUGCUGCAGUGAGCCGAACCCGCAGCAAACAGACAGCAGCAGCAGCAGCAGCAACAGCAGCAGCAGCAGCAGCAGGAGUGAUGGUGUGGAUUUGAGGACGACCGCCUCUUCCUCGUCAACAGCAGCAACAGCAGCAACAGCAGCAGCAACAGCAGCAGCAACAGCAGCAGCAGCAGCAGCAAUGGAUUCAUCACGUAUAGACCAGCAGCACUGCAACCUACAGGCUGUGCUGCAGUAUUUGCAUGCAUUAGGUCUAUUUGCUGCUGCUGCUGCUGUUGAGGAGGAAGCAGCAAUUGAAUAUAUACCCCAAUUCUUUGAUUUUACUCAUACUUGGCUGCCGCAGCAGCAGCAGCAGCAGCAGCAGCAGACGGAAGAAGAAGAGGAUGAGGAGAGGCUGCUGCAGCAGCUGCUGCAGGGACAACCAGUAUUUGCUGCAGCAAUGAAGUCGCUGCAGCAGCAAGCAGCAACACUACGCAGCAGCAGCAGCAACAGCAGCAAGCUAGAUUCUGCUGCUGCAGCAACAGCAGCAACAGCAGCAGCAGCAUCAUCAUCAACAAGCCAUCGGGAUGUCAACGAUUUGCUGCCACCAGAGAGGCAGCAACAGCAGCAGCAGCAGCAGCAGCAGCAGCAGCAGCUAGGAGCAGCAGCAAAUCCAGCAAUAUCUGCUGCUGUUGCUGCAGCAUGGGGAAGUCUUGAUGAGCGAACCUCCCGUAGCUGCUGCUCUCAGCCCCUGUGUCUUGCUGCUCCUGCUGCUGCAGCAGCAGCAGCUGCUGCUGCUGCUCCUGCUGCUGCUACCAGCAGCAGCAGCAGCAGCAGCAGGAGCAACGCGUUGCGCAAUGCAGUGUAUGUACAGAAACAUAAUAUUCUCUGCUGCAGCUUCAUAGAUAUCCCCAGCAGCAGCAGCAGCAGCAACAGCAGCAGCAGCAGCAGCAGCAGCGAAGCGCUGCUAGCUAUAGGAACGGCAGACAAAGCUGUGCGUUUGCUGCGGAUGAGGUGUGAGCCACCCCUUAGAAGCAGCAGCAACAGCAGCAGCAGCAACAGCAGCAGCAGCAGCAGCAACAGCAGCAGCAGCAGCAGCAGCAGCAGCAGCAGCAGCAAAGUAUCUUCUUGUGAUGUUGUAUGCGAAUGGGGAAACCUUACAUCUCCUGUUAUAGCCAUGGCAGUGCGCAGCAGCAGCAGCAGCAGCAGCAACAGCAGCAGCAGCAGCAACAGCAGCACGAAGCCAGCAUUGGCAGUAGGGUUGCUUGAUGGAAGCCUUUGUCUUCUUGAUGUGGAAGCAGCAGCAGCAGCAGCAGCAGCAGCAGCAGCAGCAGCAGCAGAAGGGCGCGUGCUGCAGCAGCUAAAGGCGCACAGCAAGGCGGUGGUUGGCUGGUUUGGAGAGAGUGUGUAUCAAGAGAUGGAUUAUUUGCUAUUAAGGGUUUAG